AUGGCACGAUUACUUUUAGCUUUGUUAUUAGUCUCUUUUGCUACUUUUGCCUAUACCACUGUAUACCCAGUUAUGGUUGGUCAGGGUGGAAAUACUUUUACACCGCAAAAUAUUACAAAUUUAAAAGUUGGUGAUAGUGUCAAUUUCACAUGGGUUAAUGGUAUGCACAGCGUUACUCUAUCAGACGCCCCUGCUGGAACCUGUGUCCAAUCCACCUCUAUACAAAAUUCUGAAAUCCAAGCUCCAACCAAUGUAGUUGGUACUAGUGUAUUAUUCAACAUCACUAGCAGUACACCACCAACCGUCUGGUACUUCUGUAGAGUAUUACAACAUUGCCAGGGUGGUAUGUGGGGUGUCUUAAAACUUGAAAGUGCAUCAAAUUCGACUAAUCCAUCUCCAAGUUCGGCUCCAAAAUCACCAAAUGGUGGAAGUUCUUCUCAACCAGCUACUCCAGAGAAAACUUCAUCAGCUAACAAGGGUGAAAUUAGUGGUGCUUUAAUUAUUGGUUCUGGACUUUUAAUGUAUUUUGCUGGACUAUUUUUGUAA